UGUGUUUCCCGGAAGUACUAUGAAACCUGUCCCGCGAGAACACAGCUAGCUAACAGAAGUUCCUGUUUGCUUAUGAACUAAAAGUCCCUUUCCGAUGGGGCAGCUGUCAACAUGGGUGUGUUGCGGCGUAAACUGUGACAACUAAAGCCAAGAUGAUGAACGACAUUUUGGAGGAGCCGGAGAAGGACUCCCUGCUGGAGGCACAGCAGGAGUCGCAGGGUUUGUCGGGGCCAAGUAGUGGCACAAGACCUAAGAGCACAGACGGCGGCAUCAGGCCAGUGGAAAAAAGAGGACCUUACAUCAUGUCCAGAGCGCCAGCCAUCCAUCUCAAACUACAGAAACACAGGGAGAUGGCGAGGAAAGCGCUGAAGAAGAAAGCUCUCUCACCGGGGCCUCCAGUGACGCACCAGCCCAGACAGGGAGCCAAGAGGAUGGUGAAAUAUAACAAGGGCUAUGCUGCUUUGAGUCAGCACGCUGAGGAUACUUUGGUUGCAAUUGACUCAGACAGUGAUGAAGAGAUUGAUUUUGAGCAGUAUUCCUCUGGAUACUCUUCAGCUGAGAUCCAUCCUGAUUUAAGCAAGCAGCUGCUUCAGGAUGGCUAUCGCCUGGAUGAGAUCCCCGACGAUGAGGACCUGGACCUGAUUCCACCCAAAGCCAUGGGCUCCUCUGUGUGCUGCUGCUCUGAGGGCCCGUCCUGCCCCAUACAGUGAUCUCCACUGCUAGAGGACUUCCAGCUCUAAAGCCAAACACCUCUUCAUACAGGACUGCGUGCACUGAGAUUGCUCAACCCCCUUUGAAAACGCAGGUGGACAUGAGAACAAGCCUUAUCCACUGUGACCCCAAAGCUUGACCUAUUUUUUUAUUUAUUAUAUUUUUUUUCGUUGUUUCUUUAAAAAAAAAUAGGACUGUGUGAAAUGCUAACUACACUACUGCUCCUAACAGAUUAAUUCAACAUUUAGGAUGAUGCCCUUGUUAACCCAAGGGUGAACUGGUUACUGUCUUUUGUAAUUGGGCAGUUACUUGUGCAACCCUCUAAGCAUGACAUGCAUACAGAUAUGAUAUACAGUCUUACUGUUUCAGCUCUUUGGUGAAUCUGCAUUACCCAGUUAUCAACCAACAGCUACAUGAAGUAAUUGCACCUUGUUUUAUCAAUGACAUUCCCAGAUCACUGAAGUAUUAACUAUUUUUUUUCUUUAAAAUUACAUUUGAGUUUUAUUCCUAAAUGAAAUGGCCACGACAUAAAUAGUCAUGUCUCAACAAAAAUAACUACUCACAAUCUGAAAAAAUAUAUAGUUUUUGAGUGGACUCAUUAAUAACACACAUAAUAAUUACUAUAAAAAGUCACUAUAUUUUACAAGUUGUAAUUGAGAAAACUGCGACAAACCGAGGAGGACGAAGCCAUCCUCUUCUUUAAAAAAAACAAAACAAAAAGGUCAUUGGACAGGAUUGGAUAAGGAGAAAGUGAAGUAUACUAGUAUUCUAGUUGGCAAAUGCCACACUGCUGUUUAAGGCACAGCUGUGAGCAGAUGGAAUGAAGUGCUUUGAUAGAAGAACACAUGACAUUUAACUACAUUUGGACUUCAUAGAAGUCAUGUGACAUUUGCAUUUCAGUUUUUUUAUUUGAUAUGCAUUAAGUAACAUGGUGUGGUUGAGACGAAUUCAAAUAUAGAUUCAUGUUAAAGACAUUUGUGUUCAAAGAUGGAUAUGUAGCAUUUUGGUUUAGAGCCUCAUUCAGGUUAUGAUUCAACUAAGAGUUACUUUAUUUUAUUUAUAUAUAUAUAUAUUUGUCAUUAUUUGUUGAAUACACUAAUUAUUGUGACACGAUAACAGCAGAUCACCAUUAGAAUCAAACUUUUAGUCCAGCCUUAUGUUAUUUUAUUAGGCUCAUACUAUAUGUUGGUCUCAUUUUCUGUGUCAUGAUGUGUUGCUGAUUCCUGCAUAAUGGACACACUUGUGUACUGAAAAAAUUUAAACUGGAAGACAAUUUUUUUUUUUCACUUUUAAAAAUGUAUGUGUUCACUGACAUGCUACAGCCUGGGUAAUAUUUUACUGUUAACUGUUUGAAACCGUAGUAAAAGGAAAAAAUGUUAAAUGUCAGAGUAAGUGAUAGUGAUCACUUCUCAGGAGAUUUAUUUGUGUGUAUGUGUGUGCAUGCGUGAGUGAUGGAUGGAUGGGUGGGUGUACGAUCAUAAAUAGAAAUGAUUUGGUUUUCCACUUACAUUAAGAAAUAGAAAUUAGGAAACUGCACAACAAGUUAAGUGCAGGGAGGACAUGUGACUGCUAUUUUACUGAAAUACUGGCCACUCUGUUACUUCCUUUGCUGUGAUGGUAACUCUCAGUGGUGUGAAUAAAUGGUAUAGCAUACCACUUGAUCAACAUAACAGAUUGAGGACUGGAAAAGUGACAUUUUGUGCAAUGACAAAGUAGGAACCUUGGUUUGUACUUUACAAAGUUGGAAUCAGUCCUUUUUUUCCCCCUCACACCUUUGCACUGUAAGGUGUUAGAAAAUCUUACCUUACUAGUAUUUGUCACGCACACCAUCUCCUCCCAGCACUCCUUGGUUGUAAUGUGGGUGUUUAAGGAAUAAAAGCUGAUUCUACUAUAACACUUAAGUGUGAGUUACUCGAUACAGGUGUGAACUAAAUGCUUUAAAAUGGACCAGCUGAAUUUAUAGUGUAUUGACGCCGGCCCUGGCUCUGCACGUUCUUAUGUACAUACAAUUUUGCACUUAACACCAGUGGUCAGUAGCAAGUACACUUGACUCACCUGUACUAUGCAACUAUUGGGACAAUCUGUAUGGUGUACAUCCCUGUGAUGAGAUAGUGUUGUUGCGUGCAAAAUGCAAUAACAGGUUGUUUUUUUAUGAUGGUAAAUGCUAAUCUUUUUAUUUGAAUUGUAUUGUUAAUUGGUUUACAUUAAAAAAUAAAAAUCGGUUGAUUAUG